AUGUCUAAGAAAUUAGAGCUAUCCCAACAAGCCUCCAUUUCUCUUUCGCCGUACAUAUCGAAUAGAAUCAAGGAACAGGCCUUUUCUUCAGUUAACGAUGUCAUUGGAGAUUCAGACCAAGGAUCGUACUCCGAUAUCGAGAACUUCAAACCCCCACAAAAAAUCGUUAGAGGGCUAAAAACAAGACAUAUCCAAUUGAUUGCUUUAGGUAGUGCAAUCGGUACUGGUUUAUUCAUCGGUUCUGGUGGUGCCUUGAGUGUCUGUGGACCGGCACCAUUACUUAUUGCUUAUAUUAUCAUUUCCUUCUUUGUUUGGAGUAUCAUGAACCAAAUGACCGAGAUGGUUUGUUUGAUUCCACUUCCUGGUGAAGCGUCCUUGUACUCGUUGGCUAAGACCUAUUUGAAUUCUCCAAUAUCAUUUAUGUGUGGUUGGAAUCUAUUUUAUGCCAUGGCCAUGAUUGUACCAGCCGAAAUUACUGCUUGUGCAUUGUUAGUUCAAUAUUGGACCGAUGCUAACUCCGCCAUCUUCAUCUCCAUAUUUAUCGUUGUUUCUAUUCUUCUAACAAUGCUGCCAGUGAAGGUGUUUGGUGAAUCUGAGUUCUGGGUUUCAUCUAUCAAGAUCUUAACCAUCGUUGGUCUUAUCAUUGUUGGUAUUGUCAUUUUCUUCGGUGGUGGUCCAGCCCAAGACCACGUCUUGGGUUUCCACUAUUGGAAGAACCCAGGUGCUUUCAACCCACAUUUGGCUGAGGGGAAUACGGGUAGAUUUUUGGCCGUUUGGACUGCUAUUAUCAAGAGUGGGUUCUCGUUCGUUUUGGUUCCAGAGACAGUGACUUCGUGUUCCGCAGAAUGUAUCGCACCAAGAAGGAACAUGCCAAAGGCAUGUCAAAGAUUUAUUUACCGUUUGGCUAUCUUCUACAUUGUAGGCACAUUAGUCGUUGGUGUGAUCGUCGGUUUCAACAACGAUAGAUUGAUCAACGCUAUUCAAAGUGGAAAAUCUGAUGCUGCUGCUUCUCCUUUUGUUAUUGGAAUCCAAGAGGCGGGGAUUAAGAUCCUUCCACAUAUCAUCAACGCUUGUAUCUUAACCAGUGCUUACUCCUGUGGUACAGGAUUACUAUAUGGUUCCUCGAGAACCUUAUAUUCCAUGGCUUUGAGAGGUGAUGCGCCAAAGAUUUUCGCUAAAGUCAACAGAUUCGGUACUCCAUACUACAGUACCGGACUUGCUAGUUUAUUCUCUUUCCUCGCAUACUUGAACUGUUCCAAAUCUGCUUCUGUUGUGUUUAACUGGUUAUCUAACAUCGCAACUAUCUCUGGGUUCGUGAGUUGGAUUUUUGUCUCUAUGACAUACAUCAGAUUUAGAAAAGUCAUUAAUGCGUUGGAUUUGAAUGAUAGAGUUCCAUUCAGACGUCCUUUCCAGGUGCCACUAGCUUACCUCACCUGUGGAUUCUUCUUCAUUCUAAGUUUGACAAACGGUUAUGCAGUCUUUGUUAAGGGAAAUUGGAACGUCAGUGACUUCUUUGCAUCCUAUGUUACAAUUGGUUUUGUUAUCUUCUUGUACUUGGUUGGUUCAUUCUAUUACAAACAAUGGACUUUUAGAGACUUCAAAGAGAUUGAAGUCGAAAUAUUGCCAAAAAUCGACAUUGCCGAUGAGGAAGAAAGAAAUGAUGUCAUUCCUGUUCCUAGAAACUUCAUGGAGAAAGUCUGGUACUUUAUUGUUUAA